CUCUAAAAAGACGACAGCCAUCUAAGUGUUGACAGGAAGUCUCGGGCCGAGAAAUGAAAUGCAAACGUGGUUUACAGAGCGACGGCGAUGGGUUCGACAAUUGCCUCUGAGUUAUUUGUGGCAGAUGAAGAUAGAACAGCAUGGAAACGCUUGUUUUCUUAUUUCCUCAAUUUAACUUGAUGGGCAAGAAGGAGGAAGCGUAUUUCAAAGGGCCACAACACGGGCGAGAAUCAACAAUGAAGGCUGAUAGCAGCAGACAGCAAGACAAAGAGAAGAAAAGUCUCACCAGAUUUGGCUCUCAAGAAAAUGUCAAUUGCCAGAGAAAGGCCACGUCCAGCAACAUCGCAGCAGAAACGGCGCUGCGAUGGAGUGACUCGUUUGAAGACCUGAUGGAGGACGCAGAUGGCGUGGAAACUUUCUUUCAGUUCCUCCGCACAGAAUUCAGCGAGGAAAAUUUAGAGUUCUGGCAGGCGUGUGAAGAAUUCAAGACUUAUGACUCUGAGAAGAAGCUUCUGUCCAAGGCCAAGAAUAUUUAUGCUGUUUUCAUCGGGUCGGAUGCGCCCAAAGAGGUCAAUAUUGACUACGGCACCAAGAUGGCCAUCCAGAACAAUAUAGCACAUCCCACAAGGAGCUGUUUCGAUGCGGCCCAAAUGAAAGUCUACAACCUGAUGAAAAAAGACUCCUAUCCCAGAUUCCUGCACUCCGACCUUUAUUUGCGCCUGGCCAGGAGGAGAGGGCCAGGAGGCUUGAUGUCUCGCAGAAGGUCACGUUCCUGCGUGUUCUACGAGCGAGGCGGCGGCGGCGGCUCGGCCGAGCCCUCGCCCCGGUAGCCAUAAGAUUUCAGACGCGCUCGCUCGCUCGUAAAAACGACGGUGAUAAUCGGUGGCGAGCUGUGGAAUUUUAAUUGUGUCAUUUGUGUCGGAGAUUGUAUGUAUGUGUGUGCGAAAUGAAUCAUUUGCUUUUACAAUCGCACUGGAUUAUUCGAGCUAUCUCGGAGCUUGGCGACAAGCCCCGGAGACGGGCAAAUAGGAGAGAUUUGGAGGAAUCUGCCAUUUUAAUUAGGUCCUAAGACUAUGCAUUUGUGUAUUCAUGUGGCUCCAGCCCUUCCCUCAUCUACUCAGCAAAUUAAUCCCCAGCAAGAACAUCGCUGGAUGAUAGUUCACCUCCUGAAUGCAAGUGGGAUCAUUUGUGCUCAUUUUGGGAAGCCGGCUGCUGUGCAGAACCCACACAUUUCCACGAGUGCCAGGAUAUGUACACUUAAUUAGCGCAAGCAAUUAUCUGCUUGAUUGAAGACAAAUACGAGCACUCGAGUCCAUUCGUCAAUAACUUCUAACGUUGGGGUGUCAAACUCAUUUUUUGGGCGGGCCGCAUUGUAGUCAUAGCUUCUUUCGGGCGGCCAUUAUGACUGUCAACCCAGAUAAAUGGAUGAGCACCUCAUAUUAUAUACAGUCAAAGCUACAAAACAAACUGACAAAUAACCUGUUUUCAAAUCAGACGAGUAAAAAUUGGUCAAAUAUUUAAAAAAGAUAUUAUUCAAAGUGAAAUUUGCAAUUCGAGUAAUGACACAAAUUUGUCUUCGAGGGGCCACAUAAAAUGAUGGGGCGGGCCGAAUCUGGCCCCCGGGCCUUGAGUUUGACACCUAUGUUCUAAAGUUUCGGGAUAUUGUUGAAAUGACAUAUUUGUGUCAAUGCAGAAUUGUUUUGGUAAGAAAAUUAUUUAGCCAUUAUUAUACCAGACAAGUUAAUCACUCCAUUUCAAUAAAAUAUACCAAAUUGUGGAAUGAGCCAA